GUGUGGGAGAGUUCGUCAGACUGGUGAUGGUCGGGAGGGAAAAACACAAACGCUUUAUUCUCAGCUUUUGACUGAGAUCCUUCAAGAGAGAGACAGAAAGAGAGGGCGAUGCAGGGAGGUUACUGUUAACCUUACUUAUUUUGUCAGCGAUCUCUGAAUGAAUGCUGUGUUAUGAUGGGGACUGUUAGUGAGCUGUGUGCGUCCAGUUUCCAAGCUUUUCUCUGCCCUACUGUACGAGGAGGAGCACCUGCUGCUGCAGCCUCAGUGCCUGAUGACCUAAGUCCAGAGGAGCGACAGGAGCUGGAGAGCAUCCGCCGCAGAAAACAGGAGCUGCUGCAGGACAUACAAAGGCUGAAGGAUGAGAUAGCAGAUGUGACCAAUGAGAUUGAAAACCUGGGCCUGACUGAAGAGAGGAAAAGCAUGCAGAGGAACAAACAGAUGGCCAUUGGCCGGAAGAAGUUCAACAUGGACCCCACAAAGGGGAUUCGCUUCCUGAUCGACAGCUCCCUGCUGAAAAACACCAGCGAAGACAUCGCUCAGUUCCUCUACAAAGGAGAGGGCCUCAACAAGACGGCCAUCGGCGACUACCUGGGGGAGAGGGAUGAAUUUAACAUCAAGGUUCUGCACGCCUUCCUGGAGCUGCACGAGUUCACGGACCUGAACCUGGUCCAGGCGCUGCGGCAGUUCCUGUGGAGCUUCAGGCUGCCGGGCGAGGCCCAGAAGAUCGACCGCAUGAUGGAGGCGUUCGCCCAGAGAUACUGCCACUGCAACCCAGGCGUGUUUCAGAGCACCGAUACAUGUUACGUGUUGUCGUUCGCCGUGAUCAUGUUGAACACGAGUCUGCACAACCCGAACGUACGAGACAAACCAUCAGUCCAGAGAUUCACUGCCAUGAACAGAGGAAUCAACGACGGAGGAGAUCUGCCGGAGGAUCUGCUCAGAGUGAGUCCAGUUCAGUUUGUUCUGACAAACUCCUUCUCUGCCGAGGCUCCUUUCUGUGUGAACAGACUGAAGUGAAUUAUAUCGUCUUUCAUCUCUA